AUGGCAGACACUCUAAAGCGAAAACAGCCAGUCGACACCAAUGCCCCGUCGCUGUCCAAAGAGAAGAGGCAGCGACUGGUCGGCGACACUGCGCCAGAUGCAAGUAGCCCAGCCGUUUCCUCUGACUUGAUCGACCUUCUUGACUGUACCUCUAUUUCUACGGAUGCAGUGCUCGCAGACCGCUUUGAGUGCAUUGCAAGAACUCUCCUGCACGACCACCGCCUCGUCGCCAGCUACGGUGGCUCUUCCGCGGAAUACGACAUUAUGGAGGUCGAGUUCUACCUCUACAAGGCCGGAUGCCACGAAGACCCAUUCACCCACGCUAGCGAAGAGCAGAGCAGAAGUGGUCAAUGGUGCGUCCUUACACUCCUGGAUGAUGCGAAACCCUGUAGACCUACCAAGAAAACUAAAACACAUAGGUACUUCCACCGUGCUCCCCGCCGCUCUCAAAGCACGGCCACUUUAGCCACCGCUGCAGGCGGCUACAGGGGCGGCACGCGCAAAGGGCUCGACCUGACGCUGGGUGCCAGUCCAUCUCGUACGUCCGCAUACUUCCCUCCGCCAGUCUCGACUUCUGCAGAUCCCCAUUCCCCCACCGUCCGCGGCGGCAUCCUCCUGCGCACUGUCCGCCGUGUGUCUGAUUCCAAAGUUAUCUCCGGCCCCUCUCUCCUCGUCGACGAGGUGCUCCGUAUCAGCCACGCUGCGAGCAUAGCCGAACUUGUCGAGGACCGCUGGAACGGCGACAUAUCCGCUUUCCCUUCCGAUGCCGCGCGGAAGGUGACCUUGGCACUGAAACGUAUCCCGCCAAAGCCAGACGCGAUGCCUCCUAUAUUAUACCGCUCCCCUCGCAUUGGCCUCGACCUCUCCCACCCCGACAUCCCUGCCGACAACUCGCUCGCCCACCCUCGCGUUAUCUAUGUCUCCAAGCCAUACCGAUUUUUCGUGCACCCGCACCUCCUCACUUCCAACGGCCGCGGUCAAACGUUUCUCGGCGUAUAUCGCAACUGCGUCACCACACCGGCCGUUGAGGACGGCGACGUGUUUCGAUCUGAGCUGGCAGAACUCACAGCUAUGAAAUUGUCUGUCGUGGUCAAAUAUCUCAGUGAGUUCAAGCAUAGCCUGUCUCAUGGCUCCCUGCGCUCCUUCCUUGGGUCGAGUGGGAAAGGCGCAUCGGCUUCUCCUGUGUUGUUUCUAAGAAUGAUGGGGACACUCGAGAGGCUGCAAGAGCCGCAUUGA